AUGUUGAGCCCUGUCACUCUUCGGAUCUUUCCUUCUUGUUACGAUUGUCUUUCAUGGUCAGAUGAUGGAGAGUUGGCGGUGGCCGCGGGGGAAUAUGUCCACAUCCUAACGCCACGAAGUACUGCUGAACAAACAACAAAUGACACCGGAACGGCUGGAGGCCAAUGGCAUUUCUCCCGUUUCCGAACUAACCUUUUCACCGCCAGCGAAUGGCCCGUGAUCUAUCCACAAGACCGUCAAACAUUCUCAAUCGGGGCGGAACAGUCCAAUAGUACGAUCGUUGGCCUGAAAUGGUCUCCUCCGGGACUUGGAAGACACCGACGGUGUGUCCUUAGCGUACUGACAUCGAAUUUGAUGCUCUCGUUUUAUGAACCGGCUGGGCCAGGGAAAUGGACGCGGGUUGCAAUCGUAAAUGACGCCCUGAAGUCAUAUUUCGAACCUCUGGUCGAGGAAGAAGGCCCGAGACUACGGAAGUCGACGAUACGCAGCUUUUCAUGGUGUCCACCCAUUAAACCCGCGCGUUCGGAUGAGCCCAGUACUCCGUACUCGGUACCAGAUGCUGAAACGCGCUGGGGCGUGCAGUUGCUAGCAGUGACGAAUGAUGAUAAUGAGGUGAUAUUCCUACGAACGCAACGGUCCAGGUUGGAAGCCAACUCUACAAAUUCCUAUGGGUUCAAUCUAUUAAGUGUUACUGCGCUGGGUGACCUGGCGGGUAACUAUCCCAUGAUCCACCCUGGAUCUGUAUUCUCUACGGCACUCAAGUCUCGAAUCAAGGCUUCACAGCUUUCCUGUGGCCCAUGGCUAUCUCAGACAUCUGAGACGCAACAGGAUGCCUACUCCGUGACUAGUAAUGUGGUAAUCCUUUACGGCACGAAAGUGAGAGUCAUCAAAUUGGAUGUAGCGUUAACGCAUCAGAAUGAUACCACGGAAUCCGAUUCUCCUCACAAAACAAUCGCUAAUGCUGCGGAGCUUGAUGCACCUUCCGGGCUAUCUCAGGAUCGUCACUUCACAGGCCCUUUUCAGUGGCUUUAUACUGGAAGAUCCCAAGAGGUACUGCUCACUGCUGGUAUUUUCGGCGGGCUUGUUGUCAUAUCUGUUCCCGCAUUUCGAUACCUAACAGGCGAAAUUGAAAACACUGAGAUACAAACGCAAGAAUGGCCAUUUCAUGAAAACACCGUUAGCGGCUUACAGACGGACGAGUCGAGACACUGGGAACCGAUUAGUGGGAUGUCUAGCACGUCAAACGAAAGAGACCAACAGUCUACGCUCUACCUAAGCACAAUCGGGGGCUACGGAGCAGCGCAAGCAUUCAACGGCGUUUCAGACCAAAUUCCCUUCUCUCUACCGCCAUGGAAAGCUGCAAUUGACGACUACACCGACCAAUUCGAUAUCGACCGCGAUCUUGGUGGCAUGGUCACCGGGAGGAUCUGGGGUUUGGCAUGUCACAACGGCCAUCUUGCUGUCGCCUUCACCGUGCAUCCUAAGGAUAUGAUCGAGUACCGCACUGCCGCAGAAGAACGCACCACAGUCGUCUUCAUCCGCCUGGACAAACAGAGCGAGGAAGAAAGCGCAACUGCCAUGAGCAAGCCACUCGCAGAUCAAACAGCAGAACUGCAGCGUGCGAAGCGCGAAGCUGUUCUAGGAUACAUACUACACGCGGAGCAGAGACCCGACGGCUACAGCGAACUGUCCAAGAAGGUGAUUUACGCUGCAGCACGCUGUGCUAUUCUCGACUGUGAAAACGAAGUGCUUCUCAUCCGUGCCCGAAAAUCAUUGGAUUGGUUGAUGGCAAUCACGGUAUUAGAUUUCCGCGAGGAGAUGGCCCGUUCGAGCGUCGUUGAACCGAAAUCCCUUGAGAAGUUAGAACCACCAGUCAAAGAAAUCUUCGAGCAAUGUGACAUCUGCGACGCCGGUAUUGCAUGCAACUCGAUAAGUGAGUCACAAUGCGCAAAUGGCCAUGUUUUUGCUCGAUGCAACUUGACAUUCCUAUCCAUCCAGGAACCGGGAGUCUCGAAGUUCUGCUCUGAUUGCGGAACCGAGUAUCUAGACGGCGAUCUUCUCGGUUCCCACUAUGAUGAGGGUGUUCGGACGACGUGCCAGACGCUCUGUGAUGCGUUCGAUAUUUGUAUUUACUGCGGUGGGAAAUUUAGGCCAUAG